AUGGCUCUCGCCGUCCUCUCCGACGAGGAUAUCCGCAGCCUCCUAGAAUCCCUCACCCGGGAGGAGGCCGAGGAGUUCGCGCACUCCCUGAAAUGCGCCCUCCAUGAAUAUUCAACCGGCACCCAGUCCAUCGAGGCCGGCCUCAUCCACCAGCCAGACCGGACGUCGGUACAUUCGCAACUCACCAAUGCGACAACCUUGUUCAUGCCAUCGUGUAGUGCGGCGGGCCAUGCAGUAAAGGUUGUCACCGUUUCUGCGCCGAAUACUGACCCGUCGCUUCCGUCGAUCAAACCCACCGGCUCCGUAACGCUCUUCUCGCCCCUCGGGCAGCCCAUCGGCUUCCUGCACGCGCAGACCCUGACGGCCUUCCGCACGGCGCUGGCGUCGUCGUGCCUGCUGACCAAGCGGGCCACGGUGCGGACGCUGACCGUCUUCGGGUCGGGCCAGCAGGCGUACUGGCACAUCCGGCUGGCGCUGAUGCUGCGGGGCGACACGAUCCGCACCGUCAACAUCAUCAACCGGCGGUUCAGCGACAACGCCCGGGGCAUCCUGCAGAAGUUCUACGCCGUGCCCGCCGCGGUCCGCCGCCGCGAGGGCUGGGAGCAGACCCAGUUCGGCGUGCUGACGCCCGGCUACGGCGAGUUCCAGCGCCUGCAGAAGGAGCACGUCCGCGCCGCCGAUGUCAUCUACUGCUGCACGCCCUCGACCGAGCCGCUGUUCGAGAGCGGCAUCCUGACGAACCACGAGGGCCGCCGCAAGGGCCGCCUGAUCGUCGCCAUCGGGAGCUACAAGCCCGACAUGCGCGAGUUGCCGCGGGAGCUGUUGGAGCAGGCCGUCAGGGUUGGGGCCGGGCAUGCGCAUUUCCAUAAGCAUGCGCUGGAAGGCGGCGUCGUGAUUGUCGACACGCUCGACGGGGCGUUGAAGGAGGCUGGUGAGGUGAUUGAGGCGGGAUUGGAGCCAAAGCAGCUAGUUGAACUGGGCGAGCUUGCAAUGAUUCACAAGGCACGGAUGCGCGAGGAAGAAGAGUCCAUCACCUCGGAAUCGACGCACAGCUCGACCGAUAUAUCGACAGACAUGGACUCGCUCUCGCUCGGUGGCAGCUCGGCCAUGUCGACCGUCUUCGGGUCGACAUCGUCGCAGUCCAACGACUCGGCACCGGGCUACAAGCGGUCGCCAUCGCGCACCUCGAGCCCCAGCCGUUCACACAGCGGCAGCGGCGGCGGCAGCAGCAUCGUCGGCGGUCUGUUCCACCACAAGCGGCGCAGCUCGAGCCAGGGGUCCGUCGACCGCGCCAAGCAGAAGCGCGACGACCACCUGGCCCGCUGGCUCACGGCCGGCAACGUCAUCUACAAGAGCGUCGGGCUGGGUCUGAUGGACCUGGUCGUCGGCAUGGAGAUAAUCAAGAAGGCCAGGGAGAAGGGCCUGGGGAGCCACAUCGAGAACUUUUCCUCGUAG